CGAGUAGAGGACUUGUUGGGCGAGGCGAAGGCCUGCGCAAACCUCAGCAACUGUUUCAAAAUGCUGCAAAAACCCUCAGAGGCCAUUCUCUGCGGUCAACGCCAACUGGAGAUUUGCCGGCGUCUGAAUGACAAGUCGCUUCAUUACAUUGUCGACCAAAAACCACACACUGACAAGAUCCACACGGACAUCGAGGAGACAGUUGCCUGGAUGCAGGCCUGCGUGGAGCUCGGCCGAUCGAUCCGCACCAGGAAGGACCUGCCACUCAAGGCUCCUCUCCGUGAGGCAGUGGUCAUCCACCCGGACGCCAAGGUCCACGCUGAGAUCCUCUCCAUGCAGUCCUACAUUGUCGAGGAACUGAACGUGCGCAACUUCUCUGUGACAGAUGAUAAGGCCAAGUACGGCGUGAAGCUGCGAGGCUCGCUGAAUCCCGUCGUGGGUGCUCGCCUGAAGAGCCAAGUGAAGGCGGUCUCAGAGGCAGUGAAGAACUUGUCAGUUGAAGAACUGGAGGAGUAUGUCAAGAAAAACGAACUCACCGUGGCGGGUCACCUCCUCAGCGGUGAUGACCUGACUGUCGUCUACUCGGUCGGCGCUAGUGCAGAAGAGCCCCCACCCAAACAACAACGGAAACAACAACAAAAACAACAACAGGGCAAGAAGAAGGACUCUGCGGGGGAAAAUGCCGUGAACCAUCAUCAGCCGGAAACCACUGGACCCAUCUACGAGGCUAUGUCCGACCCCAACGGCCUCCUAAUCCUUCUGGACGUGCGACCGGAUGAGGAGUUGGAACAGGAGCGACUGGCCCGCGAGAUCAUCAAUCGCAUUCAGCGGGCUCGUAAGAAGGUAGGCAAAGUGGCGGCGCUUUUUAAUCCAACAUCCUCCUGCUUCCCCCUUAAAAUACAGGCGCUAUUUCUCGCUCUCUGUGCCCCCGAAGAGGCCGCCAAGAAGGCCCUUGCUCAGUCAGUCAGUGUUGGGCAGCUUGCCAUUUCGGAUGAGGCUUCGAUCCCACCUGAUGAACUGAAGCUAUUCAUUUACCACCAGUUGUCUUCAUCCAAAUCUGCGGCAUCCCAUUCGUCGGCGCCGCCGAAGCCUGCCCUUGAUUCCACCGAACAGACCCUAACCGUGACCAACCGAAAGUCCGGCGAGGAGAUUACCGUUCGUCUUGUCGAUGCCUCCGGCCACCCCCUUAUUAGCGCAAUUGGCGACGCAGGUAAGAUCAACCAAGGCUAUAACAGGAAUCUGCCUUGCAACGGCUGCUGCGUGGUACGGCGUAUACCAGAGUGUCCGUUCCGCGGCGUCCCUUAA